AUGUCUACGAACAAGAAAAAGCUCCUUCUCAACACAGUCUCUGUGAACUUAGGCUGUAGCAGCUGCAAGAAACCAAAACUUUCCAGCAUAUUCCAACCCAAACCAAAACUCCAAACCUCCACUUACCGAAAACAUAAAAAAGAUAUCUACUCCUCUUCUUCCUUUACCUCUUCUUCAAAGAUAACCACAAACCAAUCUCCAAAUGCCCAUGAAUAUCACGACACUCCUACCACAUUUUCUCCGACAAUGGACACGCCACCCCAUUUCUUCUCUGACGCAGACAACAACAUGAAGUGUUCAAAAACUGUACGAGGAUUUGGUCGUGUUGGAGGUGAAAGUGUUGCUGUUGAGAAAGAUUCUGAUGACCCUUAUUUGGACUUCAGACACUCAAUGCUGCAAAUGAUAUUGGAGAAGGAAAUUUACUCAAAAGAUGAUCUUUGA